AUGGGCUCCUCACAGUCUGUCAUUAUGGCCUUAGAGUCGGUGCUGAAGCAAAGAGAUAUAAAGAUCGCUCAUCCGACACUGAAAAAUUUUGUUAAGGAAAUCGAUCGGGUAGCUCCUUGGUACGUCUGCUCCGGAUCUUUGACUCAUGCCUCAUGGAAUAAAUUGGGUAGAGACCUCGAUAAAAAACGAGUCGAAGGAGACCUAAGACAAGGGACCAAGGCCAUCUGGAAACUUGUUAAGAACUGUUUGGAGGAUGAAGCCUGUCAGGCGGUCGUAGCUGAAGGACGAGGUGUCUUAGAAGAAGUUCAGGAUAGCAUGUCAGAAACUGAGCGUAGUGAGAGGUUGGGCGCGCGCAAGAAAAAAACAGUCCCAGUCAAGGAAAAUAGCCCCCCCCCCGCUCCAUGUGGCCCCUUCACCGGUGGCCCCUUCGGCGCCCCCCCCCCUUACGAGAUGCGCCCGAAGGCCUUCUCCUUCCUCCCAGAAAAGGUAAAGAGAAAGCUACGCCUCGCCUACCCUGUCUUUGAAGGAGCAGAGGGAGGACGGGUGCACGCACCUGUAGAGUACAAUCAGAUAAAAGAAUUGGCAGAGUCAGUCUGAAAAUAUGGAGUAACAGCUAAUUUCACUCUAGCUCAAGUGGAUAGACUGGCUAUGACUGCCAUGACCCCAGCUGACUGGCAGACGGUUACAAAGGCAUCACUUGUCAGCAUGGGCCAAUAUUUGGAAUGGAAAGCCCUUUGGCAUGAGGCAGCUCAGGAGCAGGCCAGGGCUAAUGCUAUGGCCUUGACUCCAGAACAGCAACAAUGGACGUUCGAUCUCUUGACUGGCCAAGGGCGGUUUGCCGUCAAUCAAACAGAUUAUCAUUGGGGUGCAUAUCGGCAAAUUGCUGAUACAGCCAUUAGGGCUUGGAAAGCACUUUCCAGAAAAGGAGAAGUAAAUAACCAACUCACUAAGAUUAUUCAAGGAAUCCAGGAGCCUUUUUCAGAUUUCGUGGCACGAAUGACAGAGGCGGCAGGGCGCAUUUUUGGCAACCCUGAAACAGCCGCGCCUCUUAUUGAGCAACUUAUUUUUGAGCAGGCCACCCAAGAAUGUUGCGCGGCUAUAGCCCCUAGAAAAAAUAAAGGGCUACAAGAUUGGCUUAGAGUUUGUAGGGAACUUGGAGGACCUCUUACCAAUGCAGGACUGGCCGCAGCUAUUUUACAAUCUCAGAAGCGCCCCUUUAAGGGGCCUGGUAAAAGAGUCUGUUUUAAAUGUGGAAAGCCGGGACACCUAAAAAAGGACUGCAAGUCAACAGAGAGGGCUCCCCCUACUCUUUGUUCCCGUUGUGGCAAAGGCUACCACAAGGCUGAGCUAUGUCGCUCGGUGAGAGAUAUAAAGGGCAGAAUCCUCCCCCCACUAGAGACAUCUGAUAAUGAAAAUCCAAAAAACGGGAUAGUGGGCCCCCGGUCCCAGGGCCCACAAAAAUAUGGGAACAGAUUCAUCAAGGCGACCGACGAGGUCUCUCCAGGGAUGGAGCAAGAAUGGACUUGCACGCCUCCUCCGACUUCUUACUAA